GACGAGUUUCAGCAGUCAGUGCAUUGUGACUCGUUGGAGGGUGAGCACCUAAGCAAUUUGGGCAAAAUGACAUUAUUUGUGUUUUAUUCUGUACUUCAUAGUUUGCUGUGGGCAUCGUCAUACGCUGCCGGAUAUGUCGAGAGUGGCGUUUCGGCAGGCGAGACGGGGCCCCGUUUCGAGCCCCAAGUCGCCAUGGUGUGCGCGGGCCACAACCACCAGUACCAUGCCCAAUACAUGACUAAGACCGGACGAUGGGUUACCGACGCCAACUCCAAGGUCACAUGUCUGAAGGACAAGGUCGACAUCCUCCGCUACUGCAAGCAGGUUUAUCCAGAUCGUGACAUCACCAACAUCGUUGAGUCAUCGCACUAUUACAAAGUGCCCAACUUCUGCCGUGUUGGUCAUGCUAAGUGCAAAGCUGCAGCCUGGGUCAAGCCUUACCGUUGUCUGGAAGGGUCUUUCCAAUCCGAUGCUUUGCUGGUACCAGAAGGUUGCCUCUUUGAUCACAUCCACAACCAAUCUCGCUGUUGGGAGUUUGAUCGCUGGAAUAGCACUGCUGACCGAGCAUGUGGUACUCGCAGAAUGACCCUCAAGUCCUUUGCCAUGCUCCUACCUUGUGGCAUUGAUGUCUUCUCUGGUGUUGAAUUUGUGUGCUGCCCAAAGAACUACAAGGGUCAUGGAAAGGCCCGGCCUAUGGAAGUAGAGGAACCCGUCGCUCUCCCUCAGAUGGACCGCCGUGCUCACCAGCCCAUCUCAGUCACUCCCACACCAAAGCUGGCCACCACAACAACUUCUCAGGAGGUUGGUACACGAGAUGAGUACUUCAGUCGGUUUGAUCCUCACGAGGAACACGAUGCUUUCCGCCGAGCUGAACAGAGGCUGGAGGAGCGCCACCGCGAGAAAGUUUCCAAGAUCAUGAAGGAAUGGUCAGACCUUGAGGAGCGCUAUCAGGAUCUCCGGGUUAAAGACCCCCAUAGUGCCGAGGAGUUCAAACACCGCAUGACACAGCGAUUCCAGCAGACUGUUGAAGCAGUAGAGGCCGAGAAUGAAGCUGAGCGACACCAGCUUACUGCACUCCAUCAGCAGAGGAUUGUAGCUCAUAUCAAUGAGAUGAAGCGGGAAGCCAUGACUUGCUACACUCGUGCCCUUGCUGAAAAACAGCCAAAUACUCAUCGGGUACAAAAGUGUCUACAGAAGUUGCUCCGCGCCCUUAACAAGGACCGCCAUCACACUGUCUCUCACUACAAACACUUGCUCAACUCAGACUACGAGGCUGCAGACCGCGAGCGUGAUUCUACACUGCAGCACCUAAAUGACUUGGAGCGCAUGGUCAAUCAGUCUCUCAACAUGCUGGCCAGACACCCAGACCUGAAUGUUAAAAUUGGACAUUUGAUGCGUGAAUACUCAGCAGCUCUUCGAAGCAAAUACUCAACUCCCCUUGAGCUGUCCACUCGUUCUCCAAAGCCUCUAACAAGUGACGUAAAGAGUGAAGAGGAACACCUGUCAGAUGACAAUGUUGAUGAGGCUGAUGAUGAUGGCGAUGAUGAUGAGGAGGAAGAUAAGGACAGUAUUGAUGAUGAUGAUAAUGAUGACUCUCAUGAUGCUGCAGAUGCAGAUGAUGAUGAUGAGGACUACUCUGACUCUGGAGAGACCUACCCAGAGCAGGCAGAGUUGAGCAGUAUGACACAGCCAAGCCAGAAUCAGGAAAUGGAAAGUGAAUCUGUCAGCCAGGAACCUGUUGAGUUGGAGACCCCAACAGUGGAUGCAAGCAUGAGGGUAGCAUCUCCAGUUCCUAAUGCAUCCUCUCGGCCAGAAGCAGUGCUGGUUCACCAUCCUGAAGAUGUGCAGGUUGCACAUGCUCAGCACCACCAAAUUUCUCACUCUCAAGCUAGCUACAGUGUGACUCGCGAGUCAUCAGGCAGUGAGAGCCGUGGUGUCUACUUCACCUUGGCGUUUGCAGGUGUUGCAUUAAUGAUGGCCAUGGUAGUGGGCAUUGUUGUACUCCGACGCAGGAAUAGCACCAAUCCUCACAAUCAAGGGUUCAUGGAAGUGGACCAGGCUAUCACCCCAGAAGAAAGGCACGUAGCCAACAUGCAGGUCAAUGGGUAUGAAAACCCCACCUAUAAAUACUUUGAAGAGAAAUAAACAAGCAAACGUGGGGACUUAAUACAUCCCACAUCAAUAAGCGGGGAACCAUUCGUCCGUUUUCCCUACGUCAGACACCUGUUGACCGAAAGCAUUAAUUAUAGAAAGAGCUUGUAAGUGACCCCUAAACUAGGUUGCUUCAAGGGUCCUUUUCUCAGAGAUGGUAAAUGAAGAAAUUGGGUUAAUGAUAGCAAACAAGUGAGGCUCACAGGUGCUGAUGGUAUGCAUUGUCAUUUCAGAAUCACCAGUUGUCAAUUCAAAUAAUAAAAUGUGUAAGAAAAUUGUUUCCAAUGUGUAAUUAUAGGUUUUAUCAAGACUAUCGAAAUCUUGCAAGACCUUUUCCACUUAUUUAUAACAAAUAAAGGGAGAUCAUAAUUGUAGGUUAAUGUGAAUUUCAGAUCUGUAUAUGAAGUUCAAAUGCUUCAGCUCCAGAUUUUUACUACUUUUAAAUGAUAUACUGUACAAUGCAAUGUUCUUUUAUGAUUUAUCUUACUGUUACAUUCCAAGGGGUAGGCAAAUCUUGAUUCUGAGAUGCACAAUUGUGAAAGUCAUGUGAAACUCAAGCCUUAAGUCAUUGGUUUUUAGUCAUCAAUAUUGCACUUAUCCAUGAUCAGUAAACUUGAAUCUCGUUCUUUCAGGAAAGCAAAAACUCGUUAAUUUUUGUUUGCUUGUGUUAUGAUUUACGUAGGUACUAGACAUAAGAUCAGCACAACAACACGUUAAAAUUUAAAGAUGCUAGUUGGCUGUGUCAUGGAUAAGAGAAGUAUUGGUGUUAUACUUCAGUGUAGGUAAUGUAUCAUGUCCAACAUACAUAGAUUAAACAAUAAUUUGUUAUGAUAGGAAACUACAUAGGUUUUAUCAUGCUUUUAUCAUAGACUAACCUUCUGAAAAUUUACUGGCCACUGCAAUUGUAAAUUAUCAUAAAAUAUUGUAACGUAGUUAGUGAUUCUGGGCAUAGGAUGUGUUCCUUUCAGUAUGACUUGCAUUGUAUCAUGUGUAUACCCUGGUGUGAUAUUGAGGUGCAAGUUUACACACAUUCUCCAUUGAUGCUGAUUAACUUUGCUUCUGUAAAUUAGGAUUGUCAAUCAUAUUAGAAAGACAUUCACCAAUGACUUUAGUGCACCAGAGUUGUAUAGAUGACAAUGAAGCAGACACAGUGCAUCAUCUGAAGCCCAGAGUUCCUGAUGUAGUUACUUAUAACGGGUUGGUUGCUUGGUAAGAGAGAUGAAGGCUCUUAAACUUAGCACCAAGAUUUGAGUGGUCUCCAACACAUUAUUUUUAUGCAGUCAGCUGACCUUUUUUUCUCGUUAAUUGAUAGGACAAAAUUUUAUUUUUGUCAUUUCCCUGUCGUCAAGGUGCCGUUUAGACAUUCUUUUUGUUUUAUCAAGCCCAAGGUAGAUCUAUAGAUCUGUAAGAUUUUUUUACAUAUACAUAUAUAUAUAUAUAAAUAUAUUUUUGAUCCAUUAUUUAAUUUUAAAUAUGGUUAUUUGUCUUAUAAUUGAUCAUCACUACAAAAAUUAAGCUCUAUUGAAUUGCAGAUGUCACAAAGAGUUGGUUUUAUGUGUACAGCAAGAAUUUUUUAGUUUAACAUGAAUGAACUUGUACUUUAUACCUCUCAUCAACUCCAUAUUUAUGAAGGUAAAUAUCUAGUGCACUAAUGUAAUUGUAUAAGGCUAUAUUACGUGGAAUUUGAAAAAGUUUGAAAAAAUUCAAAUUGGUUGUUACCUCUUACGGUAAUAGCCUUUAUCAGUGGAGGUCACAGAUAUCCAAUUAUAGUACUUUUUUCCGUAUGUCUGUACGUACAUGUAAGUGUUGCCGUACGUACAUAUAAGUGUCGCUGCUUGCCUUCAGUAAGCUGUUGUGGAAAUAUAGACAGGUUUCCCUAACACAAUCUUCUGCUCAUACUUUACGUGUAAGUUGAGUCUUGGCACUGGGUGUAAGAAAGUUUGGCAUUGACACAGUCAAAUAAUGGAGCCUUGUUGUUGUUGAUCACAAGGCUGGAAAUGAUAGGUCACAGGAGACUGAGCACUGUAGAUUGGAGAAACCAUUCUGAGUGACUGCCACAGAUACAAGACAACUUGACGUCUAACUAUACAUAAAAUUGCAUACCUCUAAUGCCAUUUCUUAAUUGUUUUCAAUUCGCCAUUCCUUUUUGUGAUACUUAUAAUGUAUCAGGAGCUAAUUAUUCUUGCAUCAUUCCUUAUUUGUCCCCCAGACUCUGUUCUAUGGUAUAUAUGCUAUAGUUUGUUGUUUAAUUAUAUAGGAGCAGUACAUAAGAGCUAACUUACCCUACCACUCACAGCAUAUACCUUAGAUAUAUAUUGAGCAUGUACAUAUGAGUGGUGCAGGGUUUUGUGUCGUAUCAUAGAGUUGUAUCAUUUUAUACUACGUGACUUUUCUGUAGUUCCAGUUUCUCGUCAUGGCGCAGGAUCUCCCACAGCAGUUCAUUUUAUCAUCUAAUUGUUUUAUAGUGCCAUUAUAAACCCCAAAAGUAAUUUGCUUGGGUUUAUUAAUUGCUUUAUUUCCUUUGAGGGGAUCAGAUUUUUUAUCAAAGGAAGAUUUUGGUUUCAUUUUUAACAAUUGUCAUCAGUUUUAGUCCAUUGACCAUGUCUUAACAUAUUCCAGUUUGCUUAAUUUGCUCAUCGCCAAGGAGAAAUCAUCAUAGUAGGACUUACUUGCUAGGCUGUAAAAUGGAGUCACAAUUAGAACUAGUAAGUAUUGACAUUUAUCGUGAAUGAAAGUAAGUGCUUCUUCUUUGUGGAAGUCAGGUGUGCAAAAGCCGAAGAGUAGCAACUGCUACCAGGUAUUUCGAGUGUCAAGGCGCAUCCCAUGUAUGUAUGGAGUUAUUGGCAUUUUAAGAUUUUAUCAUUAAAAAACUUUGAGACAAAAUUUUUAGGCUUAUAUGCUCUGCAUAACAUGGAGCACCAACCUUAGAAUUACAUUUUUGAAACUAAAUGGCUGACAAAAGUCCAAUCUGUUUAAAGUCUCAUUUCAUACUGUGGCAUGCGUCUUUAGUGUUCUCUAACCACUGUAGCUUAAGAGUCUGUAUGUCUCACACACUAGCAGGUUAAGUGACUUCUCUCUCACUCUCAUCUCCCUGGUUUAUUAUAGAACAGGUCUUUGGGCCAUUAGGUUAAAAAGGCAGCUAUUUAUAAUAUUUGAUGCAUUUGCAUUUAGUGCUCGGAAUUGAUGUAUUGAAUCAAAUUGUACUUUAUGUAGUCAGGUCAUACCAUGGGAGCUGAGAUUAUACUUGAUCUGAAAUAAAUGUACCAAAAAAAAGGUAAA